UUUGGAUGCAAUUACGAUGAUUGCUUUUCGAUGUGUUGCUGUUGAAGAUUGAACAGUCUGGAAACCCGUCUUGUGCUUGUUAGAGGCCAUCAUGCCAUCUUUACCCAUCAGUAGACAUCAGAGAGGUAGAUAGGCUAUGCAGACCAAGCUGUUUUCUCAGUGUCAUCCGAGAUAUUACUCAAAUAUUUUUAGUCUUGUCACGCAGAUGCAUCUUGGCUCAUUUUGUCUUACCUCACUUUGCACCAGCCUUAAUGCAGCAGAACUAAAUGCUGACUGCUUGGUGAUGGUCUGAUGAUGAACGUCUCCUUGUGUGGACCCCAGAGCUCAGGGUACGACCUCAAUGCCAGCUGUGACUGGUUGGACGGCCUUCCUAAUUGGACAUCAGUGGACAGCAUGCUGCAGCUCCCAACCUUCUCCACAGCGGCUAAAGUGCGAGUGAUCAUUACCUUCAUCCUGUGUGGAACAUCGAUGAUCUGUAAUCUGGCUGUGCUGUGGGCCGCCGUCACCCACAAGCACAAAUCUCAUGUCCGAGUACUAAUCAUCAACUUGAUUGCAGCCGAUCUCUUGGUCACUUUCAUCGUGAUGCCUGUGGACGCUGCGUGGAACAUGACGGUCCAGUGGUUGGCCGGUGACCUUGCUUGUAGAGUCCUGAUGUUCCUCAAGCUGCAGGCGAUGUACUCCUGUGCCUUUGUCACAGUGGUGAUCAGUCUGGACAGACAGUCGGCCAUCCUCAACCCUUUGUCCAUCAGCACGGCCUGCAAGAGGAACAGGAUCAUGCUGAUGGUGGCGUGGACGAUGAGCACCUUGUUGUCAAUCCCUCAGAUGUUCAUAUUCCACAGUGUGAGCAUCACCUCCCCAAAGAAUUUUACCCAGUGCACCACUAAAGGGAGCUUCAUCACUCAUGGGCAGGAAACAGCCUACAAUAUGUUCACCUUCUCCUGCCUCUUCCUGCUGCCUCUGAUCAUAAUGAUCAUGUGCUACAGCAGAAUCUUCAUCCAAAUCUCCAGACAGAUGACAACACAGAGCUUGUCCUCCAGCGAGCCGUGUUUACGAUGCUCAAAGAACAACAUCCCAAAAGCACGAAUGAGAACCCUGAAAAUGAGCAUCAUCAUUGUGAUCUGCUUCAUUGUCUGCUGGACGCCGUACUAUCUGCUGGGUUUGUGGUACUGGUUCUUCCCAGACGACCUGGAAGGAAAAGUGUCUCACUCCCUCACCCACAUCCUGUUUAUCUUUGGACUUUUCAAUACCUGCCUGGACCCCAUCAUCUACGGCCUCUUCACAACGCGCCUAAGAAAGGGUCUGAGGAGCUGUGCAGCAAUGUCACGUUUGGAAUCAAACAAGGUCCUAACUGGGACUUUCAAAUGUACUGUGUCUGCAGUGCCCCCGAGCAGAGACCUGACUACUGUUGGACAGGAGAGCAACAGUGGGCAGGCUGAGCCAAAGUCUUCUGACAGUGUGUGUCUGUCUACGUUUAGCCAAGGAGGAAAGCAGGCGUCCCAUGUCAGCGCUGAGAGCUCCGUAUGAUCAGGACAGAAACUG